UCUAUUAUAUUAUACACCAAAUCAAAUUUAACCAACCAUAUUUUAGGCUGUUUUCUUUGUUUUUCAACGGUCUCAAAAGGGUAAAUAAAAGUUCAAAUUAAAAAGAAUCAAACUCUUCAUCUUGGUUCUUUUGAAUUCCAACACCUUUGCAAAAAAAAUUCUUCAAAUCAUCUACCUCAUCAAAAGAACUUUCUUGUAGCAUCAAACAUACAUUAAGAUAUACCUUUUGAAAGUAAGAAAAAAUAUAUAUAAUGAGUUUCCGAAACCGAGAAACUUCUCCGAAGGAUUCAGGUUCUCCGAUAGGAGAGAGGGAGAUCGACACAAGGGCGCCAUUUCAAUCUGUCAAAGCUGCUGUUAGCUUGUUUGGUGAAGUUUGUGUCAACAAGGACAAACGUAAUUCUAUCAAAAGAAAGUCUUCAGAGAAUGUAUUAGAAAAGGAAACUCAGCUUAUGCUGGCUCAAAGAGAAUUGAACAAGAUAAAGAAACAGCUCGAAAGCGCUGAGAAUACGAAAACCAAAGCGCUUUCCGAGCUCGAUAAGGCCAAUGUGACACUUCAAGAAUUGACAAAGAAGCUCAACAGUGUGAGAGAAUCAAAACAAUCCGCAAUUGAAGAAAGCGAGGUUGUAAGGAAUCAGGCCAAGGAACUCGAAAAGGCGUUAUCGCAAAAAGCGAUAGGAUACGAAGCUUGGAAACAAGAACUAGAUCAUGCAAGAAAAGAGUACACUACAACUGUCAAAGAACUUGAUGCUUCCAAGCAAGAACUCAACAAGAUCAGACAAGAUUUUGAUGCCGCCUUGGAGGCGAAGUUGGCCGCGUUUCAGACAGCAGGUGAAGCGCAGCGUUCGGCGAAAUUGAACUCGGAGAAGAUCAAUGAACUGUCAAAGGAAAUUGCAACCAUGAAAGCAUCAACUGAGCAGUUCAAGCUAGCAACAGUGCAAGCACAGGAAGAACAGGUAAAAGUGAUUGGGGAGAAAGAAGAGAAGUUAAAGUCUUACAAAGCUUCGAAGGAAGAAAUCGAAAAGAAACUGAUGGAAAUAAAGAAUGAGUACGAUCCUGACGAAAUGCAUAGCCUCGAGGCGAAACUCGUGGAGACGAGCGAUGAGAUUCAAGUUCUUCAAGAGAAAAUGAAAGAGUUUCAUGAUUCUGAGAUGGAUUCUGUUGAGGUAAUAACUUUGGAAAUCAAAGAAGCUACAAAGACAUUGCAGGAAAUUUCUGAUGAAGAAUCUUCACUGAGAAACAUAGUGGAUUCCCUCAAGACAGAAUUAGAACAAGUGAAGAAAGAACAAGAUGAAGUUAAGGAGAAAGAACAGGCAUCAGAAGCACUUGCCGCGAACCUAACCGGUUCACUACAAAGUAGCAAAGAAGAAGAAGAUUCUCUUGAGAGCGAUGGAUCGACCGAGCGACAUUGUCACGAGACGGAAUUGAAAAUCAAGCAGUUAUCGUUCGAGACGGAGAAUGCAAGAAAAGAAGAAGAAGAGAUGAGGAUAAAAACUCAGGAACUGACACAAGAGAUUGAGAAAUCCAAAGCUUUGUCUAAGGAAAUAGAAGGGAAGCUAGAGCUUUUAGUGAAACAGGCUGAAGAAGCAAAAGCAGAAGAGAAAAGAGCUGUUGAGGAAAUGAAGCUGUUAUCUGACUCACAAAGUAGAGUCUCGGUUUCGGAUUUGAGUGGUAAGAUCAUAUUGACAGUUGAGGAAUUUGCUGCGUUGAGCGGCAAGAUUAAGGAAUCAGAGGAUUUGAUUGAGAGGACGGAAACAACUGCAAUGGCUCAGGUUGAAGCGAUCCACACGAGAAGAAGCGAAGUUGAGAAAAAAGUCGAAGCUAAUCUUAAAGCAAUUGAAGAAAUAAAAGCAGCAACAGAUUUGGCUUUGAGGAAUGCAGAGAUGGCGGAUUCAGCAAAACUUGCGGUUGAAGGCGAAUUAAAGAAAAAGCGAAAUGAAGAACAAAAAGGGAUAUCUGAUUCGGAUCAUUCGAGACCGAUCUCACUGCCGAGCUAGAACUUAAAGCAUUUCAAGCUCAUAAUAGAUAAAGUGUAUCCUUCGCAAAAGAGCAUUGGUUGUAGCAUUGGAUUUCUUGUCAUUCUAUGGGAAAUGGUAGGUUGCUUGCAAUACAAGAAACACUUUUUGUCACCAACUCUACCAGUUCAAGUUGAAGAUUUUUCAAUGUUUCCAUCAUCCAGAAGAUAUUGUGCAAAAUGUCUAGGCUCAAGUUGUCAACGGUUUCUGAGACCUUAAGCAGACAAGUUAUUCCACAGUCCAAAGAAGAAAUAUAGAUGUUGUUCUAUGUAUAGAUUUAAACUUUUCAAUACUAAACACAAAAAAUCUACUUGUAUUAUACUAUUAAGAGAACAUUAUUAAGUGAAUUACAUGUUUGAUCUACUCUGUAAAUAAAAUAAUGAAUACUAAAAGAUUUUCUAGCAUGUUCCUAUUUCUAUGAAA